UGGCUCGUCGACUUCUUUGCCAGCCACUAAGCACCUAGGUAAUCACAACCCUGCGAAUCAUUAUGUCACCUCGACUAUGGGGUUUUCCCGACUCCCUUUUUUAAUGACGACGCACGAAGCAUGGCGGUCGGUACCUUGCCCAGGUCCGGUUUGGUACUUACCAACCCGGGCAGGUGGUCGGGCACCUGUCACCAGGUCUCGAUUUGCAUCCGCACCUCUCGAGUUGUGGCUCUCGUGGACAACGCAGCAAUCAGUCUAUCAGAUAACGUCAGUUGGCGAACCUGGAAGGUCGGAAGCACAUUGCCUCGCCUGGAUUCGGCCUUGACCAGUCUUCCUGUUCCCGCAUCACACAUAACACCAUAGCUCGAGACCCAAUGAUUCCAUCCGUUUAAGCGUGCUCUUUUGGCCGUACAUCCUAUCCCACGCUCACAUUUCGCAAUUGACAAUUGCGGCACGCGACCUGUUCAAUCAACCAACCCUCCUCCCCUCCCCCGGUCGGUUCACUUGAUCUCUUCCCGUCCACGCAUUCAUUCCCUCCCCCCCCCCCUCUCUCUCUCUCUCUCUACGACUCCUCCAAUUCUGGGUGCUUGUCAUUGUUCUUUGAAAGGUGGAACAAAAGGAGAAGAAACAUAUCCCUCAUCCUCCUCCCUACUCGAAAAAAAAAGAAGGAGACGCUCCAACCAAGACGCACCACCACCACCACCAAUACGAAGGCUUCGGACCAGUCCGCCGAGACAAGAAACCAAAACGCUUGAGCUGGCCCUCUCUAUCGACCACUAGCCUCCUUGGCCGUUUUCUUCUUUGUAGACCUCACAAGCUUGAUUGACUACAUUCGUUUAGGCCUCCUCCAAAGCCUGACGUCGGGCCGGCCCAUCUCAAAAUAGCUUCCUCCCCCCUCCCACUCCAGUUCUUCCAUCUCCAUCUCCGUCUCCUCCACCUCAAUCCUGUCCAGAUCCUGAUGCCGCGGCCGCCGCUGUCACCUGCAACAUCGACAAUUUCUCCAUCAUCGAUGGCCGCGCGAUCCGCCGCACAACCACCGCUCUACCUCGCAGCUUAGAUGGCGCACGCCGCCUCUUCCGACCACCACCAUCAUCACCACCACAACGGCACCCCGAUCCCCCCAAACGGCUACCCACCUCCCCCGGACGCCGACGACAGCCCCCCCUCGUACCCGUCCUACCCACCGGACCUCGCUCUCUCCUCCUCCCUCCUCGAGCCGCGCAUCGCUGUUGUUCUCAACGUCCCGAAGCCAUGGCGCCCCUGGCUCUUCGCCUGCCGCUUACUUUCCAUAUUCCCAGCCAUCUUCUGGGCCCUGCAGCCCGCCUUGACCUUGCUGGUUCAGAUCAUCCCCGUCGCCGUCCCCGGCGGUAAGAAGGCCGUCGACGCCGCCGCCGCCUCGGGCGUUGGAGUCGGCGUCGGCGUCGGAGGGUUCGCGGGGAGCACGUGUCCGCCCCCCAAUUGGCCUCCCGGACACCCCGAGAUACCGUUCCCGUGGACCGAAAUGUCCUUAGGACUCAUGUGGUGCGGAGCUUCUGCGUACCUUUCCUUCUUUUUCAUAGACUGCCUGAUGUCGCGAUGGCUCAUCAACUACACCCCGCAAGCGACGAUAAUCCGCCUUCUGACCAUCAACGCCACGAACGCUUUCCUCACCGAGCGCAUACUGACCUUCUCCGGCGGCUUCGAGGAUCCCAGACUCCUUCUCCCGGGCUGGGUCACCAUAGCGACGACCCUUACAAUAGCCUACCACAUAACCCAGCGGAGCAUCAAUAUCCAAAAGGAGACGUCCACCUCGAUCAACAUUUUCUCCAUCGCCAGCUUCAUCAGCAUGAUCUCCCUCCUCGCCCAUCUCCACUACAACGGCUCCGACUACCCCGAGAAGCCCUUCGAGUCCCUCGCUCGCUUGAUGCUCGACCAGGCCCGCCGUCUGCCCGGCGAGGCCAUCCUGCCUUCGUAUCCGCCUUCGCAUAGCGAGUUGUAGCGAUUAUGUGUCCUUUUUUACCUUGUUCCUUUGUGCGAGAUGGAGCGUAUCUCGCGUGAGGUGUCCGGGAGAGCGAGAAGAGAGCGAACCCGCGAUCCAGAGAAGGGGUUGCUCACAUUUAUUUGGCUGAAUUAUUUUGAUGUAUGGAAGAUCUGCUUUGAGAAACAUAGAUACCCACAUUCGAGUUAUGAUGUACUUGCCCCCACCCCUUUUCUUCUUCUUUUUUUCCCCUGGUUCUGGAUGAACUUACAAUAUGAACGGUCUCCAGACUUCGCUGGGUGUCAGCCGGUGGCACUUAGCUAAAAACGAGCUUGCCAAAUAUUCGGCUCCUGAGUUCUAGUUGUAAGGCUCGAU